AUGUGUAACAAAUGCACAGCCAACUGUUCAAUUUGUUCAGCAGUAGAUAUAUGUACUUCUUGUGAACAAGACUUUGUAUUGAUUAAUUUUCAGUGUAAAUCGAUUUCUGAAAUAGAAUUUUGCAUUUCAGCGCACAAUUCAAUUUGCACGAAAUGUGGUGAUAACAAGAAAGUGGCUCCAGAUGGAUUAUCGUGUGGUGAUCAAAUUAAUUUGAAAUUGGUUAUCACUGUACCCGUUGUUAUUGUAUUUAUUUUAUUUGUUGUAGUGAUUACUGUAAUAGUGUCACUUUAUAUAUACAGAACAAAAAGAAAGAUAAAACAACAAAUGCAAAACGUCUGUGUUUUUAACAUGAAAAAAUCAAACAUUUUAUUCAAAAAUUUGUCUUCAAACUUGGUGACAAAUAACACAGAAAUUGUAUUUGAAAAUGACACAGAUGACAACGCAGAAAGUGCUUAUAUUCCAGUAAACAAAGAAACAAGAACACUCUUAUGUAUAGGAAACAUUUCAAAACGUGCACAAAAGAUUCAAUUUAGUGUAAAUGAAGGGUGUGAGUUGUAUUCUAUUCGAACAGUUCCACAACUUGUCACACUCAAACAAGACCAAGCGUGCGAAUUUGAAAUUUUUAUUCAACCGAAUUGUUCGUGUGAAAUAGAAGACGACAUUUUGUGUAUUUCACUUGACAUUAAUAAAGGUGUACAAACAACUAAUAAAAUCAAAAUCAAUGCAAAAACAAUUUUAACAACAAAACUGAACAACACUGAAUUAAUUGAAGAGGACAAACUUGGCGAAGGCUCUUUUGGAAUUGUUUUUAAAGGGACUUUCAGAGGGAAUUGUGUUGCUAUCAAACGCUUAAAAAGUGGAUGUACAAAUGAAACAAGUAUGAUAGAAUUUACAAAAGAAGUUUCAAUGCUCGACAAAUUUAAAAAUGAGUACAUCGUUCACUUUUAUGGUGCCGUUUUUAUACCAAACAAAAUUUGUCUUGUCACUGAAUUUGCUCCUUAUGGGUCUUUAAAAGAUGUGAUGAAAUCUUUUCAAUUAAAAGGCGACUUAAUUAAAACAAACUAUUCAAUUGAUAGUAAAAUAAAAAACACUAAAUUUGUGAGUAAAAAGAUGUGUCGAAAGUUCAUGUAUGACAUGGCAAAGGGGAUAGAAUACCUCCACUCUAACGGGAUUGUCCACAGAGAUAUCAAGCCUGAUAAUCUCUUGAUAUUUUCAUUUGAUUUGACAGUGAAAAUAAAUGCUAAGUUGACUGAUUUUGGUGCAAGUAGAAAUAUUAAUAUGUUAAUGACUAAUAUGACAUUCACGAAAGGAAUUGGUACACCUAAAUACAUGGCGCCUGAAAUUUUGAAUCAACAAAAGUAUAAUAAACCGUCAGAUAUUUUUUCAUUUGCUAUUACUAUGUAUGAAACGUUGGAGUGGACUGAUCCAUACCCAAAAGAAUAUUUUAAAUUCGCUUGGUCUAUUGCAGACUUUGUUGCAUCCGGUAAAAACCUUGAUAAAAAUGCAAAUCUAACAAAAGAAGAGUUUGAGAUCAUCACACAGAUGUGGUGGAUUGACCCCGGAAAAAGGUUACAAAUAGAUAAUUUUGUCAUAUUUAUACAAACUUUUAUAUUUUUUUACCAUUACUUUGAAAAUGGUUUUUCAUUUUUUAUUAAAGUCUGUCUAAAAACGUUGUCCGCUUGUAAAAUGUUGUCCAUUUGA